UUUCUGUAUACAUACGUAUAUACAAUCGCACGUUUAUAUGUGUAUGACGAUUUUAUCCCAAGUUAAGGUGUUUUUAUUUAACUAUAUUUGUGGACAACUUUUGUUGCCAAAAAUCAGUUGGCCAUGAGUUGUUUGGGGGAAUGUUUAGACAUCGGUCCACCACCUGACAGUAUCAUAUUUAUCCCGCCCCCACCUGUACCAGAUUUUCUCCAGUCGCCUUUACAAGAUGUUGUUUUAAAUACAACCCCGUGUACUGUUAUACCAAUAUGUGAAGCAUGGGUGCAAGUUCAAGGAGGGGGCAAAUUUUCAGAAUUACCAAGGAAAGAUGUAGAGACAUGGGCGGCAUCUACGAUUGAUGAUACCUGGUUGCUAAUUUUAGUCGCUUCGUCGGUGGUUGUUUUGUUACUAGGAGCCCUACUGGCGAUGUUUUUGCUCAAAUGUAGAGAGAUAAAUCUUUUUGGUAGUACAGAUUGCACCCUUCAUAGCCGUGACAUCCAUCAAACUAAAUCGCCAGAUCAAAGGGAAUGUUCCGGUUUUAAUGGUACGGUCUCUCAUAAAUAUCUCCAUCCAACCGAAGCCGUUCUAUACACGGGCUCUCCAACCAUGCAUGACAAUCGUUUGGUUUGGGCCGCAUUAACGCCUAGAGGCACACAACAUUUUAUUUCCGAAAGUUAUCCAAAAAAUCUCAUCAAUUAUGUGGAAAACGAUGUCCAUUACGAAGCUGUGGAUAAUUUAACAGCCCAUCCGUUACAAUCACCGACUUACGAUGAUUACCAAAAAGGUAAGCUAAUCAGGGCGGUCCAUAUUAGAGAUAUCUCCAAUUGGGAAUGAUACCUUUAAUGCAG